UCCACUUGCCGGUAUGACAACACAGAAGGAAAUCGUUGGAUCCAGUUCCAAACAUUCUGCGUCUUGACAAACACGAGUUACCAACUUUACGCACGGAGAGCCUAUUGGACAGAUCUUUACGCAGCACCAUUACAAGGGAUUUACAAUAAAAGAAUGAAGCUGGAGGUGUUGUGCGGGAGCCACUUUAACAUGAAACACUUUGAGGUGUCAAGUGAUGCAGAGGGGGGGAGUGCGAGCUCCUCUGUGUGCGCUGAGGAGGAGCUGGGCUCGGAUGGGGACUGCGUGGCGCACAGCCCUCCACCUGUCAAUCCCUGCAGCAGCAGCAGCAGCAGCAAGUCGAAGCCGUACACGCGGAGACCCAAACCCCCGUUCUCCUACAUCGCCCUCAUUGCCAUGGCCAUCCGCGACUCCUCGUGUGGCCGCCUGACUUUGGCGGAGAUAAACGAGUACCUGAUGAAAAAGUUCCCGUUCUUCAGGGGCAGCUACACCGGCUGGAGGAACUCGGUGCGCCACAACCUGUCCCUGAAUGACUGCUUUCUCAAAGUGCUCCGGGACCCGUCGAGACCUUGGGGGAAGGACAAUUACUGGAUGCUCAAUCCUCACAGCGAGUACACGUUCGCUGACGGGGUGUUCCGUCGCAGGAGAAAGCGCAUCAACAAGAAGUUCGGCGCGCAGCAGCAUCAGCCGGAGGAGGAGGCGUCCGAGCGCGCACAGGAGCCGCAGAACCCUCCACGAUCUGCGGCUGCAACCAAGACUGAUCCAUGUCCCAAGUUCACUAGUUCAUUUGCUAUAGACAGCAUCCUCAGCACACCGUACAAGAGAGACUCGGACACGGAACAUUUCGCUCUCUACCCUGCGGCUUUCAAUUGGCCGCCCUACACUGAACUGAUGGCUCCUUAUUCACAUCCACCUGCCUCGUUCCCUUGCUUCAAGGCUCCUUCGUGUCACAUGGACUCCCGAGCUGCUGCUCCGCAUCUGCUGCAAUAUCAGAGAUGAACUAUCUUCUCCUUUGAUGGUUAAAUAAUCAUCGACGUGCACUGAUGGAGAGGAGGCAGACCUUUUUCCCAUCUUUGCUGGGAUUACAUUUUUGUGAUUUUAUUGUGGCGGCAUAUGGUGUUUCACUUGUUUUUGUACCUCUGGUCAUUUCCCUUUUAAAGCACUAUCAGAUUUGUUAUUUUAUACAUAUUUGUUGUUUGUUACGAAUGUUACUGAAUUGUUCGUUCAAUAAACGUUUUGAAAACAA